AUGCGUUUUCUUGUCUGGGGCCACAAGGGGUGGAUUGGUCAGGCGUUUAUGAAGUUGCUGAAAGACUCCGGUUUUGAGGCUGUUGGCGCCGAGUCCCGCGCGGAUGAUGUGGCGGCAGUCGAGCAUGAACUGCAUGUAGUUCAACCGGAUCGUGUUGUCAGUUUCAUUGGGCGCACACGCGGUGGGCGACACCUCACAAUAGACUACCUUGAACAGCCAGACAAACUCAUGGAGAACAUGCGGGACAACUUAUGGUCCCCUGUUGUGCUCGCACAGGUGUGUGCACGUCACAGCAUACAUUUCACGUAUCUUGGCACGGGAUGCAUUUUCUACUACGACGAGGCGGCGCACAGGCUGGGGGGGGAUGGCUUUGAUGAGGCCGCCACCCCAAACUUCUUUGGGUCUGCGUACAGCACUGUGAAGGGCUACACAGAUCGUCUUAUGCAUUUACUCUUCAAUGCCACUGCGCUCAAUGCACGUAUUCGCAUGCCCAUUUCGGCUGACAACAGCCCGUACAACUUCAUCACCAAAAUUGCAAACUACGAGAAGGUGGUGAAUAUUCCGAACAGCAUGACGGUGCUGCCGGAGAUGCUGCCCAUUCUUGUGCAGCUGUCGUUGGACAAAGUCACCGGGACGAUCAAUCUGACAAAUCCGGGGGCCAUUUCGCAUAACGAGGUGCUGGAACUCUACAAGAGGCACGUUGACCCUGCCUACACCUACGAGAAUUUUUCAGUCGACGAGCAGAACAAAAUCCUCCUGUCGGCUCGCAGCAACAACCUGCUAGACACACGUUGGCUGCAGCACCUUUUUCCGCACGUGAAUGACAUUCACACCGCCGUUGAAAAGGUCUGCAUUGAGAUUGCGAAUAAGUUUCCGCGUGGAAUUGUGGAGCGAAGAAUGAAGGCAAGAAACAGCUACGAUUGA